CGCCCGCUCUCGUAGCCGUCUCCCGCCGCGUCGAGACCAGGGGACGAGCGGACUCUGCGACGUCUCCGUCGAAGCUCACUCGACGCGCCGACCGAUCUCGUGUGCGAGUGGUGUGGUGAGGUUAUGACGUGCGAGUCUGUGCGAGCCGAGAUCCGUCAAUCGUGAUCCGCAAGUCGUGCGUGUGUGGCCGUCGUGCGUGGCCGAUGUUUAUUGUCGCACCCUCUUCUCCUCGGCGCAGCAAAGAAUAUGAACGAUUAUUACCGCCUCAGAUAUGACAUUAAGUGGCACCAGUAGUCAGAAAUUACAAUGAUUGGUGCAGCCUGUAGUUUGGAAGAUGCGUGUCAGCGGGCUCAGGAUAUGGUUAAUCAAGUGUCCAGAUGUUGGAAGAAUGCACUAGGUUCGGAUUCUUUGGCCUUAAUAUCAAAUAAAUCAUUGCCCUCUCAAAAAAAAGAACAGAAUCACUCCAGGCAUAGUAUCCAAUCCAAACUCACCAGACUUUAUUUUGAAGAACUCUCCAAGGUUCCUCAUGCAACUCCAGAUUCAGUUUUGAAUAAUCUUGAGAAUGAGUGUGAUCUUUUGGGGCGGUUAGUGCAACGAGAAGGUUUACAUACAUUAAUUGUUAAUCUCUAUGCUGGUAAUAAAGGAUACUCAUUAGCUGUAAGAAAUAGUGAUAAAGGGAAUCAGUAUGAUAAAAAUUCAUUACUAGCUGAGACUCAACUCAUGGGUUACGAACAGGGUGAACUACUUUCGUGCAUAGAUAAUGGCCAACUGCCGGCUAUGUUAGCCGAACAACUAGAAUCCAAUUAUUCACAUUUAUUUUAUGAUGGCUGCAUAAUUGCUGAAGUCCGAGAUUAUCGAAAGUCAUAUUCUCACAACAGAGCCGAAGUUCAUCAUGUACUUCUUAAACCUACGACGCAGAGUGUACUUUCGGAUGUAUCGACGCUUACGAAUGACGGAGAUUGGAGUCAUGAGGAGCGGUUAAUGUUGGAAUCACAUUUAGUGGCAGCUACCCAAGGACCUCUGUGCUUAGAUCCAAAUCCUAUUCCCACCUUAGCUAGUACAAGAAUUAAACAGUCUAAAUCAUUACUUACUGAUCAUCAACUCAUGCGACAAGCCAAAAAGUUUUCUCAGGUCACAGUCAAUCGAAAAAGAAAAUUGGAACAAUUGGCUCAGCCAGAAGGACAAACAAUACAGGACUUAAUGCAGAAAUUCCGUGCAAAAAGAAGAGGAUUAGCGACAAACACUGCCUGCCCACCGCCUUUUCUCACAAGCCCUCCUCUGCUUCCACCAUCUUCAGCAAUCGAAGUUUUAAGAUAUGCAAAAGCAUACGAACGGCCACAAGAUACGAUAGACUGCACGCCACAAGUUAUAGAAGAAUAUAUAUUAGAACCUGCGGAAACUAAAGAUUAUAUAAAGCUCUCGAUUCUUCAAAGACCCGCUACUUCCGAGUACCUUGGAGAACUUUAUAUGGAUAAAAAUCAUGAGGGCGAUGAGGGAAAGAAAAAUGGUUCUUCUUGUCGGUUUACAUUAGGUACCAGAGCUGUGGCUAAUCAUUAUUAUCAGCAGUUUAAAGAAAUAUUCACAGAGGAGGGUAGGAAGAAUGUGAGAAUAAGACAUAUUAUAACAGGACAAACUCGUAUUGCACCUAGCGGAAUGCAGCGAGCACAUCAGCAGUUGCAACAUGCGAAAUUAACGGCUCGACAAUUGCAACAAAUUCAAUCGCAACAAAUAGCACAACAGCAAAUCCGCACGCAGAUUUUGUCACGGGCUCAAGGGCAAUUAAAUUUGACUGGUCAAGUAGCCUCGAUGAAGGCUAUGACAGAAGCCACCAGCUCUGUACAAAAUAAUCUAUCGUGUGUGGAUUCGGCAAAUAUGCCACAAGUUAUUCCGCAGAAUGACGCUACCGUAUUGAGCUCAGGACAGUCUUUAGCCAAUGGUAGCCUCAAUGCGUCGACUUCUGUACAAGUUGAUAAUCCCGCAAUGGCAAUAGCGGAUAAUACUUGUAAUGGUUCUGGUAUUCUGGUCUUUCAACAGAAGUCGAGUGGUACUAUUAAUAACGCGACAUCUACUAAUGUUCCAGUUUUGCAAGCGCAAUUGCAAGCAGGAACACAGAAUUGUAUAGGUGAAACUGCCAAUCAGAAUCAAAAUGAGCCGCCGUUUAAGAAGCAUUCUACUAAUCCGGCAAUAAAUGCUCUUGCUACUUCCCUCAUGAAUUCCGCGCAUCAGUACCAACAACAAGUCGCAGCCAAUGCUGCAGCCGCAGCUAUGAACAACAAUGCGCAAGCUUCAAACAAGUCAAGCAAUCCCGCGAUUCGUAGUUUAUUAAAUAGCACUCCUGUGAAUUUGGCUCAACAGAAAGUUCAACCCCGAAAGAUUUCUCUCAAUGCUUCCAUCCCAUCCAGAGUUUUUAGUCAUGGCAACGUGAUCAAUGUACCUAGCACUACGGGUCAAGUACGUGUGAGUUUAAAUUCUGCUUUGACUGGACAGCUAGGAUGUAAACAACAACCAUUAAAAACAACCACUGUAAGACUCGCACGAGUGCAGGAUCCCACGUCUACCCUUGGUUUAUCAAUGCCAGGACUUUCGGCUAUGCUUGCUGGCACGCCAUCGGCAGACAAUCCUAUACCCGGGAUGAAUUCGACUUCGUCACUGCUCGAACGGCUCACUGCUUCUUCCAGUCAGAGUAGUCAACCAGCGAGUCCAAUGACAAGUCCGUCGCCGACUAACGUAAAUCUACAAGGCGUAAACCUCACUAGUCUGCCGAAUUCUAUUAAUGGCCUGCAAAACGUUCAGGUAUCGUUUUCGGGUUUGUCGCAACCCAUUACGAUGUCAUUUACGAUGUCUCCAAGCUCUGCAGGCACACCCGUCAUCGUCUCUCUGCCUAUAUCGUCCGCUACAAAUACCUGCACGACAGUCUCGAGCAUGAUGGCUGCAACUGUCGUUACGACAGCUAUUGCUGGGAGUACACCAACAGUAGUGAUCGCAAAUCCUGCCAAUCCAGCUCAUUUGUCUUUACCAAUUGCCCAAAUAAUACCAUCUGUAAAAGGAUUGUUGCAGCAAAAUAUAAGGAGUAAUAAUGCAGUAACUCUCGCACAGGGAGGACAAGCAAUCCAGCUCAUUGGAUCUCAAAGGCCGCGAUUUAAUCAUAUGACUCGUCAAGUACAAUCGAAUCAAGUUAAAUCAGCUGUCUUAUCGAAUCAGCUGAUGACAGUUGCCAAAACAGUAACGGCGAGUCAGUUGAUAUUGUCUGGUAGCAAACAAGUAUUAACUCCCAUAAUGGCCGCGACGAAACCUGUGCUUAUGGCGUCACAGACGACGCCUUCUUCCCAAGUAGUACCUGUUAAUAAACAAACUCUAUUGACAAAAUCCUUGCAUGCCAGGGCUUCAACUGGUCAAUGCAGCCAGCAAACGCAAAGUCUCGGAGUGACUACUCUAUCGCAACAACAACUUCAGCAAUUACAACAAUGCCUGGCUGCACAACAGCAUAAAGUUGCCGUCGCGGCGGGAAAUUCUCAAAAUAGAACUCAAAUUGAAGCUCAGAGAAAUUCCACGUCUGCCCCUGGGGAAGAUCCCGCCUGAACAUGUUCAAAUAAAUGAUAAUUUUAUGAUCAUGUUACGUCGAAAUAAUUGGAGCCCGCCUAGAAGAAAUGUAAUUAGGCAUUUAUAUUAAGAUCGAAUUUGAGAUUAUGAAUAUUCGCGUACGAAAAUGUAUGAUGAAUUUUAUCUCUCUUGAAUUAUGUCCACUUUUAUUAGAAAGAGAUUUUACUCGCGAACGAUUUGCGUUUGCCAACAGAGAGAAUAAAUAUAUAAAUAUUUUACCAGAUUAAUAUCGUAAUGCUAUUACGCCAAUGUGCAAUAAAAUUGUUUCUGUCAAUCCCGCCUUAAACGUUACUUUAGGAAGGUUUCAAUUAUUGUACAUAUGACUUAUACAUACGAUAUGAUUCGUUUUAUAUUAAAAAUGUAAUAAAUAU